AUGUCGCAAAAACGCAAACACGAGGAGGUUGCCGACCUCGAGACCGCGAACCCUGCCACCACGAAGAAGCCACGCGCCUUCCCCAACGCCGGCAAAACAAGACACAAGCGCCCGAAUGCGGCCAAAGACAAAGAUUCAGAGUACGGCGCCAGUGCCAAUGCGCUCAAGAACCGGAUCCGCGACCUGAAGCGCUUGCUCGCGCACGUGGACAAUGUUCCCAAGCACAAGAUGUCAGCGAGCUCGAGGAUAGAACGGGAGAGGGAGUUGGAGGCAUGCGAGCACGAGCUGGAGGAGAAGACUAUGAGGGCAAGAGAGAGCGAAUACAGGAAGAAGAUGAUUGGGAAGUACCACCAAGUCAGGUUUUUUGACCGUCAAAAAGCCACCCGCAUCCUCAAGAGACUCAAGAAGGAGCUCGCAGCAGCCGAAGACGACGAGGAGAAGAGCACGUUACAGAAGAAGCUACACAACGCCGAGGUCGACGUCAACUACGCCAUAGCAUACCCCCUCAUGAAGCCGUACUCGUCACUGUACCCUAAAUCAAAGAACACAAAGUCCAAAAACGCCGAAAGCGACGACAGCGACGAAGCGAAGAGCAAGGCCGAAGAGACGGAUGGGCCAAAGGGCGACGUUAUGGUGUGGAAGAUGGUCGAGCAGGCUAUGGAGGAAGGCACACUAGAAACGCUGCGGAACAGCAAGAGCAGAGAAGAGAUACCAGGCGCACCGCCAAAGAAGAGCAAGACUGCGAAGACAAAGACCACGAAAGAUGCGCCGCCCAAGAAGACGUAUGCGCCACUUGCUGUACCGGCCAACAGAAGGGAGGCAAGAGCUGCGGCUAGAGAAGCAGAGGACGAGGACAGCGAUGGGGGCUUCUUCGAGUAG